UACAAACUCUGCCGUAGCGAGGAUGUUUGACAACGCUCGGCUACCGUAGUGCUUCUAGUUGACGUCAGUGCGCAUGCGCGUGUUUACACCGCUGUCAUCUCAGCUUUUAUUUCACUAAAGGGAACAGUGAGGCUGGAGUCAUGGAAAACAGUGAUGCCCCAUCACAGAGACCAGUUUCUCUAGAUAUUGAUGGAGCGGAUGACUCUGACGGUCUCGAGGCCUCCGCCCCGCCCCAAAUAGAUCUUUUAGGCCCGUCUAUAACUUUAGAAGUUCCCUUCCAAGAAGAGAGCAUCGACCUGGACGCCGAAGCGUUCCCUUCACUGCAGGAUGACAGCAUUAACUCUGAGACCAUAAUUGACAAGCUAAAUGACCAGAUGAUGGAGAGCGUGAUGAUUUCGGAUUCCCCCAACAGUGAGGAUGAGGAUGUUGUUCCCAUUGACACGCUGUUGGGACAGAAUGAGGAUGAUGAGGCACUGGAUUCCAAAGGACCUAAAAGAGAUGCAGGAAAAGAGGAGGAUGACACCAACACUACCUCCUCUGUCAAUGCUGCGGAACCUGAGGAGGCUCCUGCGUCUUUAUUUGAAGAGGAGGUGGUUAAAACAGAUGGCAAAAUAGAAACCGUUGGCCAGGCGUCCUUUGACAAUCCCAGCCCUGAGGCUACCAAUGCUCAGGAUACGGAUACAACCCCCAAAGAUGAGCUAGUUCCAGUAUGUACCAUUUUCAGCCAGGGUGUGCAGCCCAAAGCUCAAGCCCUGAUACCUGAUGGCUUCCAGCCCAUCCUAGUAAAGUCUCCAAGCUUUACCAUCGGCAACACAGAAACUCCCAACAGACUAUUACCGCAGGUGUGCCAGCCGAGCCCCAGCCUCAGUAAGUUCUUCACAGAUAACGGCGCGGUCAACCCAGCCUCAGACUUCUUCGAUUCUUUUACAACCUCCACCUCCUUCAUAUCCAUCAGUAACCCGAAUGCGGAGUCGCCUAAGGCGACAGUACCUCCAGAGCCCCAGCUUUUGUCUGGCCCUGGCAGCGUGCCCGCCCCAGGGCUGCAUGAGGCUGUACCCGCCAGCACGUUCUUUAGCCCGGCUCCUCAGGACUGCGUUUUAAAUCCUCAGGCUAGUUCAGUGGAGCCCGGGGCAUCUAUGAGCAAGCUCCAGGCUGUGUUCUCGGUUGGAGACGACCCAUUCGCCAGCGCUCUGAGCACCAGUGAGGUGGAUAAGCGCUACGAUGCAUGGCUUCCCUCGGAGGAGACAAGAAGAGUGUUGAUAUCGGUGGCCACGCACCAGGUGAAUCCUGUCCAGUUAGACAGAGAGCAUCUGUCCAUGCCCGGACUCAAGUUUGACAACCUGCAGGGUGAUGCUGUGAAGGAUCUGAUGCAGCGCUUUCUGGGUGAGCAGGCGGCUAUGAAGAGACAGGUGCUCUCAGCCAACUCAGUCGAGCAGAACUUUCUGGGUCUCAAGCGACUUAUAAGCACUAAGAAUUGGAGGGCGGCCGUGGACCUGACGGGCAGACUGCUGACGGCUCACGGCCAGGGAUACGGCAAGAGCGGACAGCCCAGCAACCACAACACAGACUCUUUACAGCUGUGGUUUGUACGUCUCGCUCUGCUGGUUAAGCUGAACCUUUUCCAGAACGCUGAACUGGAGUUGGAACCCUUCGGGAAUCUGGAACAUCCGAACCUCUACUAUGAGUAUUACCCCACCGUAUACCCAGGACGAAGAGGAUCAAUGGUACCGUUCUCCAUGCGCGUUCUGCACGCCGAGCUUCCUCAGUACCUGCAGAAGCCACAGGAGACUCUGGACCGCCUCCACGGAAUCAAGAGCGUCUGUCAGAAGAUCCUGAAUAACCUGCAGGAGGGUUUCGCUGAGGACGGGAGUAUGAUCAACCUCACUCAGGAAAACAGACAAGCCUCCAUCCAGCUGUGGAAGUCACGGCUGAGUCGGGUGAUGUACUCCAUGGCAAACUGUCUGCUGAUGAUGAAGGACUACGUACUCGCAGUGGAGGUGUAUCAGUCCAUUAUCGGAUACGAGCCGGAGCAGAAAGUCCAGCUCCUCAGUGGAAUUGGACGCAUUUUCUUACAGAUUGGGGACAUCAGAACAGCUGAGAAGUAUUUCCUGGAUGUUGAAAAAGCUUGUGAAUUAAAGGGAAAAUCACCUAAUGAAGACACCUCAGUCCUGAUGAACAGGGCCUUUGUUCAUCUGAGUCAGAAUAAUUACACGGACGCACACGAGUGUUUUAGCAGUGUCUUGAAAAUUGAUCCCAAGAAUCCAGUGGCAAACAACAACGCUGCCGUGUGUCUGCUGUAUUUGGGGAGGCUGAAGGAGUCCCUGGGUCAGCUGGAGAGUCUGGUGCACAAAGACCCGGCGCUGUACUUACACGAGAGCGUGCUUUUCAACCUCACCACCAUGUACGAGCUGGAGUCCUCGCGCAGCACGCAAAAGAAACAGGCUCUGCUCGAAGCCGCAGCCUGCCGAGAGGGAGACAGCUUUAACAUCCAGUGCCUCAAGCUAGUAUGAGACACCACAGAGACGAGCCACAAUCCAACACCCAGGACGUUGCGUACUAAAGAAUGAACAGACGUGAACGAACACGAGAAUGUUUUUUUACAUUUGAAGCUUCUAGAGAGGCAUUUAUGUACAUCCAACUUUGUUCAGACAGGACCAAAGGUAACUUGUUAACACGAAUACAUUUGCUGUGCACUAAACAGCAAAGGGGUUAAGCACCUUACCAAUGUUUCACGAAUUAAGAUAUUAAAAUAUGUUUGAAAUGUG